UGUUUUUCCAGAUUCCGUAAAGUCCCUGUCAUCUCCUAACACAACCGCAGCAUCAACAUCAACAUCAGGAUCUGGAAAUUUUAUGACAUCCAAUUUAUCAGCUGUUAUUUCUAGCCUGUCCCCACACUCAGUCUACAAUGUAUCGAUCGCUGCUUCGACUGGCACCAGUGGACUCGGUACCCCUACAAUCCUCAGCAUAAACACAGGAACAGCUCUGAGUAAUGAAAGCCACCACAGUUUGUCAAGCAGCAUUAGCAGCAGGAGUGGUAGCAGCAGCAGCAGCACUAAAUCUUCCAUAACCGUUAGUAUCACAUCAAAGAGUACCCUCAGCCACACAACGGAGGGGAAUAAAGUGACCAUGAAGAGCAGUAGCAGUCCGAGCGACACCCAGGCGCACACCAAUGCCAACACCUCUCUCCAAGACUUACCUGUAAUCGUCGCAGGUAGUCUCACUGCUGGACUUGUUCUCAUCUUCUUGCUUGGUGUUCUCAUCUAUCAUUGUCUCAAGAAUAAAAAACGAAGACAAAAGGAACAGAAUUACAGUAAGAAUCCCUAUUUUUAUCCGAUUUCUUUUUCUUUCUUUUUCCUUAUCUUUUGCUCUUUCUCUCAUUAGAUUGCAUCGAUUGUG